CUCAAAGGCUCUCAACGGAGAUACGCUGCUUUUGCUUUUCAAAGGUCUUCUUUUUGUUCUCUUAGACUGGAGAAAAUAACUUCUAGGCAUUGGCGUGCGGAAUAUUUGAGCGUCACAAAACGCUGCAAACCCAUUAGCUGAGGCUCUGCGGUGAAGUACAUCCUUCCCCCUUCCCGUUAAGUGACCUCUCCCUCCAUUCUAGACUCGGGUUUAAGCUUGGACUCUCCAAGAAGGACUUCGCCACAAGAUGGCACUGACCUGCAGACAAAGGAAAUCGCAGUGGCACUGACUUUUUGAACAGGCUUCUAAAUGCGCCUUCCUCGAGUCAAAGACUGGAAGGGGUGAGGGCUCGGUGCGUACGGGUCUGACAGCGUGGCUCAGGUUUGACUGCUUCUCUUUCCAGAACUCCUAGGCAACGCACCCCGGAGGUGUGCAUCCGAGGGUUUGAGCAGGAGAAAUACCAAGGGAUCUUUCCUCCCUCCGGGUGACACUCUUCCCGCGUCGACACGGGCGAACAGACGGAUUCUUCAAAAGGAAUCCACGUCUACCCGGUGGAGCUCAGUGAUAGGACCCCAAGAGACGCCACAGAGUGUUCAGUUCAAGGGAAUGAAGAAUUGAGAAUCAUUUUGGUGAAUGGAUUCCAAUAUAUGGAAUAAGAAUAAGCUGAAGAUUUGACCUGUUUUGAAGAAACAUACAGUCCAUUUGUCUAAUAGAUAACGACAAAACCUAAACAAUGAAUUCAACAUUGUUCUCCCACGUUGAAAACCACUCAUUUCACUAUAACAGCUCAGAGAAUUCUCCACUGCUGGCUUUUGAAAAUGAUGAUUGCCACCUGCCCUUGGCCGUGAUAUUUACUUUGGCGCUUGCUUAUGGAGCUGUGAUUAUUCUUGGGGUUUCUGGAAACCUGGCAUUGAUCAUAAUCAUCCUGAAACAGAAAGAGAUGAGAAACGUCACCAACAUCCUGAUCGUGAACCUUUCCUUCUCAGACUUGCUGGUCGCCAUCAUGUGUCUUCCCUUCACGUUUGUGUAUACACUGAUGGACCACUGGGUCUUCGGUGAGGCCAUGUGCAAACUGAAUCCCUUCGUACAAUGCGUCUCCAUCACGGUAUCCAUUUUCUCUUUGGUUCUCAUUGCUGUAGAGCGGCAUCAGCUAAUCAUCAACCCACGAGGGUGGAGGCCAAGUAACAGACAUGCUUACAUAGGCAUUGGUGUCAUUUGGGUCCUUGCUGUGGCUUCUUCUCUGCCCUUUCUGAUCUAUCAGGUUCUGACUGAUGAGCCCUUCCAAAAUGUAACGCUUGCUGCCUUCAAGGACAAGUAUGUGUGCUUUGACAAAUUCCCAUCAGACUCUCACAGGCUGUCUUACACAACCCUCCUUCUGGUGCUGCAGUAUUUUGGCCCACUCUGCUUCAUAUUCAUAUGUUACUUCAAGAUAUAUAUUCGCUUGAAAAGGAGGAACAGCAUGAUGGACAAGAUGAGAGACAGCAAGUACAGGUCCAGCGAGACCAAGCGAAUCAACGUCAUGCUGCUCUCCAUCGUGGUGGCCUUUGCGGUCUGCUGGCUGCCCCUUACCAUCUUCAACACUGUGUUCGACUGGAAUCACCAGAUCAUUGCCACCUGCAACCACAAUCUGCUGUUCCUGCUCUGCCACCUCACAGCGAUGAUCUCCACCUGUGUCAACCCUAUCUUUUACGGAUUCCUGAACAAAAAUUUCCAGAGAGACCUGCAGUUCUUCUUCAACUUCUGUGAUUUCCGGUCUCGAGAUGAUGACUAUGAGACCAUAGCCAUGUCUACCAUGCAUACAGAUGUGUCUAAGACCUCUCUGAAGCAGGCAAGCCCAGUUGCGUUUAAGAAAAUCAACAUGGAUGACAAUGAAAAAAUCUGAUGCUGCUCAGAACGUAUGGUCCCAGACUACAUGUGUAGAGAAGCAAGCAUGACCUGCCACACACUUUCAUUACCUGUGCCCCCAGGGAAUGGAGCGAAAUGGCUUCGGAAAGUCCAGGCGUUCUCUGCUGAACUUGACUGUGGUGGAUACCAUGAUUACUUGGGAUCAGCAGAAGUGGACUUUGUCAUCUUCUGGCAACAGUUUUCAUUAGACUUCGUGUGUGUGUGUGUGUGUGUGUGUGUGUGUGUGUGUGUGUGUGUGUGUGUUUGUGUCUGUGUGUCUGUGUGCAUGUGUGUGAAAUUAUAUAUAUGACACAAAGAUUCUUAUAUUGUAUUUAUUGGAGAGAAUGUCUCUGAAAUAUUAACAUGAGUUCAAUUCAAAAGUUGUAGCCACCUGAUAUGCUCAAGAUUUGGGGCCUUCAAGAUAAGAUGAGAAUCCCAAGACCUCGGACUACCUUCAUUCCAUGCUAGGCACCAUUUUCGUCUGUUACAAAAGUACAGUAUACAAAAGUCACCUUUCAGAAUGUGCCAGAGCCAAAAGAGAGUCUGAAGUCACUCAGCAGCCUUUCUCUCUCUCACUCCUUCUCUCUUUGAGAGGACUGGAUUUUUCACUCCUAAUUGAGCAUCACUUAAGAUGAAGAUAUGUAAAGAGCAUGUUUUCAGCUGUGACUAUCACUGGGAAUUAGGCAACCCACAAGAAUGAAGUGGCAAAGCAGUUCCCUGAUUUCAAAACUUUUCUGACAACCAAAGCAUUUCAGGGUAAUUGGUUUAAUAAGUAAAUUAGUCUUGCUGCAGAUAGCUAAAUUGUAUCCAUGGGACUUGAUAGCUGAGAGGUUUUUACAUCGUUCACAAGAGGGUUCAGCACUAGCAAGAUUUUGGGCACAGACAUGUGACUCUGAAAGCAUUUCCAGCUCACACGGCAUAGAAAUAUAAGACGCUUUUUCCAUACAGCAGUGCCUACACAGUAACUAGUAUUAACUCUCACCGUUUAUCUUUCAUGGCAGAAGACACACGGACAAUGUUAAAGGACGCUCACCUCAGCUAGCAGAUAUCUAUCUGUACCUAAAACUUUCACACAGCCCGCCCAUCCUAGCUUGUAUAAACUGUGUGACAUGCAGAAUUUUAUAGUCAUAUACUAUUAUAUUAUAGAGUACUGAGUAACCACGUCCUAUUAACAUAUUUACUUUCAUAUAUCUUGUAAUCAUGAUUUAGCCUCAGAAAAGAUAUUUUGAAGAACAAGACAGUUUCAAUGUAUUAUACAAAUGUUGAGUGUGUUUGAUUUUAGAAGGGCAAACACUUUGUGUAUUAAAAUUGUUUGGGCUUUUUCA